UCGAGUGUGUGUGUGUCGCUGCUCUUCUACAUUAUUUUGUUGUGACAACAAACGAACAAAGUGAAAAUUGCGUAGCAUAAAAACGUAAUUUCUCUGCGCGCUGUGCUCGGUAUUUCUUCCAAAACAGGUGAAAAAUAACCAACGAACUUUAACAGCAGCAGCUAACACUAACCACCGGCACAAAGAUGACGAAAGUGGAAAUUCCGCUCAAAACCAAAGCCGAAGCAUCGGAAGGCUUCAUUCAAAACGAGAAGGACGUUGAGGUGCGUGUGCGGGCGCCGAAAAAGGUAUUGCAUUUUAGCGAUGGCACACUGGAAGAGUACAGCGACGACGAGGAGGAUCAGGUGGACCGUGCGGAACCCGCGCCAGUGGAUGAGUCCCAGCUGAACUGGAGCGAGUGGAUGCGGUACAAAACGUGCAAGCUGGGCAAUACCGUGCUGGCGGGAUGCGAUUACGUCGGCGAAGGGCUUGCCUCGUUUCUGGGCAUUACGACCCCCAAGUACAGCUACGAGAUUGAGGAAUUUAAACGAAUGCAGGCGGAGCAGCAGGCCGAAGAUCGUGCCAUUCAAUCGUUCGUGGAACAAAAUCGACCCCAGAACUCGAACCACAGCGUGCCACAGGAGCAACCUUCAGCGGCAAAUGCAAACAACGACAGGAGUGAAGUUAGUGUGGAGAAUGAAAUUCAAAAGUUUUGAAGCUUUUCUUUGACACACAUAUUGAUACCGAUACUCGUGGCGGUACUUUCCCGAGAGCAAUAACACUCGGUGCAAUAACGGCGAGUGGUGUGAAUGUAUGUAUUACAGGGUUUCACACUUUAUCUCAAGACCGCGGGACCCCUUCCCGAAUCUGUCUUAGCCAAAGCCAAGAUUGCGGUAUGAUGCUUGAAAACGUUGAUGAUACCUGAAUUCAUCGGAUGCAAUGCUGAAUCUGCGGCACAUUUCUCGAACACACUGUUCCGCGCCGAUGACAUGCGGUCGAGUAUUUUUUUACACGGACCUUUGUGUACAUCAGUGUACUGAAAACAGCCAAUUAUUUUUUUCGUGUUUUUAUCGAAAAAGAUUAUUUAAACAAUUCAAUCUACUUUCUUAACACAUGUAAAUAUUUUAGUUGCAGAAAUAUGCAUUCACUCAUUUUAUUAAAUUGUCUUUUUUUGAUAAAAACACGAAAAGGAUAAUUGGGUGUUUCUCAUACACUGAUGUACACAAAGGUUAUCCGUGUAAAAAAAUAUUCGACUGCAUGUCCUCGGCGCGGAACAGUGUGUUCGAGAAAUGUGCCGCAGAUUCAGCAUUGCAUCCGAUGAAUUCAGGUAUCAUCAACGUUUUCAGGUAUCAUCAACGUUUUCAAGCAUCAUACCGCAGUCUUGGCUUUGGCUAAGACAGAUUCGGGAAGGGGUCCCGCGGUCUUGAGAUAAAGUGUGAUACCCUGUUUAGAGAACGAAAACGUAAGUUUAAUGAUUUAAAAACGAUUGAGUAAUCACAAGGCAACGAAGGCACAAAUCGGAUGUACGGAGGGAAACAUGCAUUUGAGGGCAGUGUACUUAAGUAAUAGGAUGUUUUAAUGCUUUAAAGAACGAAAUAUUUAAAAGGGACGCGUAAGGUAAGAAAUUAAAUUGAUUGCAUAAAAGAUCUCUAGCGUAUGUUGUGGGGUUGGACCAAUAAUUACACUGCUAUGACGAUGUAAUUACGGUUUCGGAACGCAACACUUGAGUGUAGCAGGAUUUGUCAUUUAUAAAAUAUUUAAAAUCACCUAGUCUUACUUAUAAACGAAAAGGAUUACUAUUUUGGCCUUUUGUACAAACAUCACAUCGAAUACAGUAGAGAAAUAAAUCAGGAUAACCUUAA